AUGUCUGACCCCAACAACCCCAACAUCAACAUCAGGACCACCCCUCAGUGGUCGCUGUACCAGCGAGAGUCGUUCUGGAACACCAACGAUGGAAAGUUCCCGCCCUUCAACACCGGUGAGUACUACUCCUCCUGCAACGCCGGCAUCUCCUGGACCCAUCUCGCCAACCGCCAGGCCUUCUACCGCCACCGCAUCGUCCCGCGGAUGCUCGUCGACACCAACCAGCGAGACACGGCCACCGAGAUCUUCGGCCACCGCGUCUCGGCCCCAAUCGGCUUCGCCCCGAUCGGCAUCAACCGCAUCUACCACCCGACCGGCGAGCUGUCCGUGGCCAAGGUCGCCCAUGAGCUCAACCUGGCAUACUGCCUGUCCUCUGCCGGGAGCUACAGCAUCGAGGACGUGGCCAAGGCCAACGGCUCCGGCCCGCGCUUCUUCCAGCUGUACCAGAGCCCCGACGACGAGCUGUGUCUGUCCAUGCUCCAGCGCGCCUUUGACAAUGGCUUCGACGCUUGCAUGCUGACGACGGACACCUGGUCCCUCGGCUGGCGCCACAACGACGUCUUCACCGGCAACUACGCCUUCUACCACGAUCACGGAGCGGGCGACCUCGGCCUGCAGGACCCGGUCUUCCAGAAGCGUCUCAAGGAGGCUGGCAUUGAUCCCGUCAAGAACCCAAAGGAGGCUGGCGCGAAGUGGAUCGAUGAGAACAUCUGGCACGGCCGCGCGAUUACCUGGGAGAAGAUGAAGUGGACCAUGGAGCAGUGGAAGCGGAUCAGUGGCGGGCGGCCGUUUUGCUUGAAGGGCAUUCAGAGCGUGGAGGAUGCGAAGAAGGCGGUGGAGAUGGGCGUUGACGGAAUCGUCGUGUCGAACCAUGCGGGACGUCAAGUCGACGGAGGCGUUGCCAGUCUCGAUGCUCUCGAAAAGAUUGUCAACGCUGUCGGCGACAAGACCUAUAUCAUGUUCGACUCGGGCGUGCGCACCGCGGCAGACGUCGCCAAGGCCCUCGCCAUCGGCGCCAAGUUCGUCUUCAUCGGCCGCCUCUGGGUCUGGGGCCUCGGCAUCGCGGGCGAGCACGGCGUGCGGCACGUCCUCAAGAGCCUGCUGGCCGAGUUUGACAUUCUGAUGGAGGUGGGCGGCUUUGUCACGGUGGAUGACUUCGAUCGCAGCUGUAUUGAUUCGCUGCCCAAUUCGUCCAGCUUGAUUGCCGAGCACGCGGCGAUUUAA